CAAUGUAAAAGUACAAAGGAGGCUGUGACUUGCCCCUUGAGUCUGCAUGGAGCUGAGAGGGCCCAGGCCCUGAGCUCAGGGAGCCGGACCCCAGAGAGUCAAGCGUAUGUUCGGAACCAACCCAUCCUCAGGCCUUGUGCUGGGUGCUGGCAGGAUGGCUAUGACUAAGGCAGGUCUGUCCCCCAGGGAGCACCUAGAAUAGAAAGGAAGCUGGACCUCCCUACGGAAAACAACACUUUCAUGUGGAUCGAGAUGACCACAGCCACUCCUCUGGGGGAUACCACCUUCUUCUCCUUGAACAUGACCACCAGGGGAGAAGACUUCCUGUAUAAGAGUUCUGGAGCCAUUGUUGCUGCCGUUGUGGUCGUUGUCAUCAUCAUCUUCACCGUGGUUCUGAUCCUGCUGAAGAUGUACAACAGGAAAAUGAGGACGAGGCGGGAACUGGAGCCCAAGGGCCCCAAGCCAACCACCCCUUCUGCCGUGGGUCCAAACAACAACGGCAGCCAACACCCUCCAACUGUGACCUUCAGCCCUGUUGACGUCCAUGUGGAGACUCGGUGACCUCUACCCCGGCGCUAUCUCCGCCACUGUCCAAAGAGCCUCUCCAGAGUCAAGACCCAGAGGCACACUCUCUGGCAGCUUCAAGCUGAGUUUCUUCUGGUCGGGUCGCCAGAGACAUCUUUGACGUAAUCUCUGAUGCUUCCAGCAAUCCUCAAUCUUGUCUGCCCUGCCCUCCCCCAGCCAUGUCCACAUCCUUGCUGCCACCCCACCAAAAAGCUGCAGAACGUUCUUUUGUCAUCUGAUGAGGGUAGAGCUAUGUUGGGAAUCCACCAAUGUGGGCUUGGCUUUCCCCAACACUGUAGUUAGACAGAUAGACAGAUAGCCCAGGAGCCAGGUGUCAGGGAGCACUGCUGAGAGUAUCACAAUAGGAUCUGUCACGGGGUUCAUAUCAGAUGAAGCGCCGUAUCCACAGCUUCACAGAGCAAAACAUUCAAUCCCAUAACCAGGCACAGGGGAACUAACUUGGACUAACUAACCAGAAAACCUUGUUAAUAUAUAACUUGUUCCAGUACUACAUCUCCGCCUGCUGGCUCAUGACGAUUGCUCAGCACAUAUUCCCCUCUUGAAGAAAGGUUGCAAGAAGAACUAAAUGAUUCUCAAAAGAUUUCUGCUUCAUUAGUAAAGAGUGAAUGAAGGAAUAGGGUGACUCUGGGGAAUAGUGGCCUCUAGGGUAAGAGCUUGUUGCGUUGUCCGUGGGCCUGGAACAAUCCUCGUGGUUGAUCAGGGUCCUUCUCCCACUCUGGGCUGUAUCAACCCUGACUGUCUCAGUCCUUGGCUCCCCUUUAUCUGGAUUCUGAGCAACCCUGACUGUCCUGUUAAUGCCUUGCCUCCAAGGACCAGUAUUUGGAGAUUAAUUAGAUUACGAUUCUAUCUAUGUUACCUUUGUCCUUCCUGGUCACCUUGCAGAUUCAAGACAUGUGCAAAGCAACACAUUCACAACCCAUUUCUAUUCUAUAGAGACCUCAUCUCUGACUCCUUAGCCUGGAGAACAAUCUACCAAGAAGAGAAAGUAUUUGGAAUUAAGAAAUCCUACCAUCCAAGCUCUACUUCCUGGUUGUGUGACCUUGGAAAAGUGACUCAACCUCUUUAUAUUCAGUUUCCUAACCAUGAAGUGGAAAUGAUAACAUCUGCCUCACUAUAACAAGUGAAGGACUUAGGAAAACAUCUGAAGCAUGGUGCCUGGCACCCAGGAGAUGCUUAAUAAGUGGGAACCAGGAUUCUUUUUCUUUUUUUCUUUUUUUUUUUUUUUUUUUUGACAGAGCCUCACUCUGUCACCUGGGAUGGAGUGCAGUGGGACGCUCACAGCUCACUGCAGCCUUGAACUCCUGGGUUCAAGGGAUUCUCCCUCCUCAGCCUCCAGAGUAGCUGGGACUACAGGUAUGUGUCACCUCACCAGGCUAAUUUUUUUAUUUUUUAUUUUUGUAGAGAUGGGGUCUCGCUGUGUUGCCCAGGCUGGUCUUGAACUCCUGGCCUCAAAUGAUCCUUCUGCCUUGGCCUCCCAAAGUGCUGGGAUUACAGGCAUGGACUACAGUGCCCAGCCUAGGAACCAACAUUAUUAUUAUUAUUAUAGGGUUUUUUUUCAAUUGCAAGAUAGACAUUUCUUCACAUUUUAAUGAUUCUGAAAUCAGAACAUACCUUGCAAUUGAUGGGUUCAUUAAUAUAAUUGUAGUUCUUUACUUCCUCUCAAAAAGUUGUUUUUAAUAAAUUAUGUAAUCUUAUAAUCGAUGGCAUCUUGGAAACAAGGUAAUAAAUCUCUAUUCUGUUAUAGAGAGUGACACACUUUGACAUUUAACCUCAAAUUUUAGGAGUCUCUCCCUCUUGCGGUCAGAAAUCCCUUUUGAGGCUGGGUGUCAUGGCUCAUGUCUGUAAUCCCAGCACUUUGGGAGGCUGAGGCGGGCGGAUCACUUGAGGUCAGGAGUUUGAGACCAGGCUGCCCAACAUAGCGAAACCCUGUCUCUACUAACAAUACAAAAGUUAGCUGGGCAUGGUGGCACGCACCUGUAAUCCCACUACUAGGGAGGCUGUGGCAUUAGAAUCACUUGAACCUGGAAGGCAGAGGUUGCAGUGAGCCGAGAUCGUGCCACUCUGGGCAACAGAGUGAAACUGUGUCUCAAAAAAAGAGAAAUCCCUUAUGAGGGGAAAUCAAGAGUCAGGGAGGUAAGAGGUCUGACCCAGGGUCACACAGCUCAUGACAUCCCACUGGAAAAAUACUCUGUGGAAUAGCUCUGGACAAAUACUGGCAAAUUCCUUCUCCCUGGUCAUGAUUUCUUCCUACUGUGUUUAAACAUCCACCAAGUGCCAGGCACUUUGCAAGGUGAUUUCACAUAAAGUAUCUCAUAGGAUCAAAUUUUCCCAAUAACCUGGGGAGGAAUUAUUUUUUCCAAAACAGAUGAAAUGUUCUGAUUCAAAGAGAGAGAGAGAAAAAAAGUACUUUCCCAAAGUCACACAGCUAGUAAGUCACAAAGACAAGACUCAAAACCAGGUCUCUUGACUCCAAAGUCCGUCUGUUUUACUGUAUCACACUCCUGCUGGCCUGGCUCAAAGCACCACAGAUCCUCUUAUGGUCUGAACAGGAGGAGCACGGGUUUGUCCAUGUGUUUGAGUAGAAAUCAGGGUUCUGGCUUCCAGGCUGAAGGUGAGGGGAAAGCCACUUCUAACUCCUUUGGGCGUCCAUGAUCACAGCCAAAGGAGCCCCUUCUCAAUACAUCCAAGUGCUAAGGAUUCCUGCUUCAUUCACCCUACUACUCAGGCCCAAGGAGCAAGGGGUAGGAUGGCAUCUAACCAGAGCAAAGCCAUUUAUUUGAGGGCUCAAGCCAUAAACAAAUAUGCUCCCCUCAACAUAUUCUGCUUGAAAAAGUUGUUUCGGGGCAGCUGUGGUGGUGCACGCCUGUAAUCCCAGCCCUUUGGGAGUCAGAGGCAGUCAGUCGCUUGAGCCCAGGAGUCCGAGACUAGCCUGGGCAACAUGGUGAAACCUCAUCUCUACAAAAAAUACAAAAAUUAGCCAAGUGUGGUGGUGCAUGCCUGUAUUCCCAGCUACUUGGGAGGCUGAGGUAGGAGGAUGGCUUGAGCCGGGGAGGCAGAGGUUGCAGUGAGCUGAGGUUGCGCCACUGCACUCCAUCUGGGGUGACAGAGGCAGACCCUGUCUCAAAGCAUAUUUCAACCCUGAAACUAGACUCUUCUGCCCACAGUGCAGUCUUCUAGGGGUUACCCUCUAGUAUAUAUUCUCUUGCUAAACGAAGGCAUGGAGAUGGAGGAAAGAGUGGGAGAUGGAGUGGUGAGGGCGAGACAAAUAAAAGGAUUUGAGUGUCUCGUUUUUGACUAAUGAAGACAACUCAGUAAACAUCCUGUAAGAAGGGUUCCUAUGUGCAAGUUGAGGUGCUACUAAGUACAUUAAGACACAACUGCUGCUCUGAAGGAGUUAGUAGCUGGUCUCAUGUGGGGAUCUCACCACGUGGUUAUGUAUUUUGUUUCUUAGCAGAUGCUGCCUUGUUUGGCCGCCGAAGCAAUCAAAGCUAAUAAAUGCUUAAAGAAAAAUAUCUGACAAUAAAAAGGUUUAAA